GCCCGUGCCCUGUAGAAUGCGUGGAUAUAUUCGUACAUUUAGUCUGUGCAUAGUUAUCGCUCUUCUAUCGUUACUAUUUUUGUUCAGUAAACAUGAUGCAGAGAGUUUUUUAAAGCAAGUUAGGGCGCCGCUGGAACCGUCUGUCGCAAAGAACUUAAAUGGAGUAAAAUCAAAACAAGGACCCAUUGCGACCAGAUCACACAGACUCGGAGAUGUUGCACACAAGGUGACUUCACCUGGACAGCGAGAGACGUUGAUGCAGCUGGCUGUGGUGGCUUGUGGAGAGAGACACGGGGAAGCUGUCAACAUGCUGAAGUCCACAGCCAUGCUCAGCAGUCGAGACUUGAGAUUUCACAUCUUUGCAGAAGAGCAGUUACACACCAACAUAAAAGCAGCGCUGGAUUCCUGGCCAGCUUUCAUCCGAGUGAAAUUCAGCUAUGUUAUUCACCCCAUUUCAUUUCCCCAUGAGAACCAUGAAGAGUGGAGUCAGCUUUUCAAGCCAUGUGCAUCGCAGAGACUCUUCUUACCGAUGAUUCUGAGGGAGGUGGACUCCUUACUCUAUGUGGACACCGAUGUCCUCUUCCUGCAGCCUGUAGAGCUGAUCUGGGACAUGUUGAUGCUCUUUAACUCCACUCAGUUAGUAGCUAUGGCACCAGAGCACGAGGAGCCACGGAUUGCCUGGUACAGUCGCUUCUCCCGGCAUCCGUAUUAUGGAAGAACUGGCAUCAACUCUGGUGUCAUGCUGAUGAAUAUGACCCGGAUGCGAAGGACACAUUUCAAGAAUGACAUGACCUCUGUUGGUCUGCACUGGGACGAGCUUCUCAUGCCUUUAUUGCAGAAAUACAAGCUUAACAUUACCUGGGGUGAUCAAGACCUGAUUAAUAUCAUCUUCCAUUACAAUCCAGAGAUGGUAUUUACCUUCCCCUGCCACUGGAACUAUCGUCCUGACCAUUGUAUCUACGGCAGCAACUGCAUCCCGGCUGAAGAAGAAGGUGUUGUCAUUUUGCACGGCAACAGAGGAGUGUUUCACAGCGACAAACAGCCUGCCUUCAAGGCUGUGUAUGAUGCUUUCAAACAUUACACAUUUGGAGAGGAUCUCGUAAAAUCCUUCUUGUUGCCGCUGGAAGUGGCGCUGAAUGGAACCACACACACAUACUGUGGGAAAGUUAGUCAUUGCUUUACCAGAGGACUUGGAAAGUCUGUAAAGAGGAUCCAGAGAAGGACUCUACCUGGUGGCUGAGAUGUGUUACUGUCACUGUUGCUGAAUAACGACAGAAAUGUAUUCUGGGAGACUGGAUAAGAACGUCAUUGCCUUUCCAG